UGCCCCCACCCACCCACUACAUCACCAUCAUCCAUCCAUCUAAGCUACUUGCCUUGCAGCAAAGGGUUGGGUUCAUCAUCAUCAUCAUCCAUAACGCUUAAUUUGUGAAUCCAGUAUAUCUAUAUCUAUUUUUUUUAUUUUUUUUUUAAUUUCCGGGCCAAAAUUGAUGUUCCCGCCAAGAAAAGAGCAGCAGGCUGCGGUUGUAAAAGCAGAACGAGAACGUAACAUGCCGGAGAAUGUGAUCGUUGCGGUGAGAGCGGACGAAAAGGUCGUCUCGAAAACGGCUUUGGGUUGGGCUCUAUCUCAUGUGGUUCAUCCUGGUGACUGUGUUAUCUUGCUUGCAGUAUUUCCUGGCAACAAAUCAUCUAGUAGGAAAUUAUGGAGGUGGCCCCGAUUAAAUGGAGACUGUCGGAAGAAUGAAGAUUGUGUAAAUUUACCUGAUCGAAUAUGUCAGAUCUCGGAGGCUUGUUCACGGAUGGUACUUCAGUUUCAACAUCAGUUCGAGGUCAUGGUGCAAAUCAAAGUGGUAUCAGGAAUACCUGCAGGUGCGGUGGCAGCUCAAGCAAAGUAUAAUGCAGUCAACUGGGUCAUAUUGGAUAAGAAAUUGAAACAAGAACUUAAACACUGCAUGGAUGAACUGCAGUGCAACGUUGUUGCGAUGAAAGGUUCAGAACCAAAAGUCCUCAAGCUCAAUCUGGGCCGAUCUGAUGAGCUCCAAACCCCCUUCUUUUCAGCAGUUUCCACACCUAUGGCGGACCCUGAAAAGCAUUUAGGCCACGGGGUAAAUCAUUCAACUCCAGUUAGCAGUCCUGAACAAACAUCCACAUUUUAUCCACAAUCUUCUGUUUUCCUUGUGUACAAACAAAACCCGCUUUUUGAAGGGAUGAUCAAAGGAAAACCAUCACAAGUCAACAAAACUAUUAACUAUGAUGAUCCAGAAACUGCAAUGGAUUCUUGUGGGGAAAGAAUCAUAACUCUCUCACUAUUAGUGCCUAAAAACAACAUUGUAAAUGAUAAUUCUAAAAUUAUUCGCAAUUCACAACAUUCCUACUCUACCCAUUUUGAUGAAAAUAGAUCAAGUAAAGUACCUAAAGUUAAUAUUUAUAGUUCUGGAAUUAGAGAGGCGGUUUCUUUGGAUAGAACAUUAUCAUUACCACCUCCCUUGUGCUCCCUUUGUCAAUACCAAGCACCCGCCUUGGUAAAGCCGUUGAGACAAUUUUCUUACACUGAGCUACAAGGAGUCACGGAUGGUUUCUCUGAUGCAAGUUUUGUGGCAGAGGGUGAGUUAUGGGUUGUUUACAAAGCAGUGUUGAAAGAUGGGCUAGUCGUUGCAAUCAAACAGUUAAAAUUUUCUGGGUCCCAUGGAGAUGUUGAUUUCUGCAAAGAGGUGAGAGUACUGAGUUGCGCACAGCAUAAAAAUGUGGUCUUGCUAGUUGGCUUUUGCAUUGAGGGAAAUCAAAGACUAUUGGUUUAUGAGUAUGUAUGCAAUGGCUCGUUGGACAUUCAUUUACACAUGAGCAAGAGAACAUAUCUAGACUGGCCAUCACGUCUAAAGAUAGCACUUGGAACAGCAACAGGAUUGCGGUAUCUUCAUGAGGAUUGUAGGGUGGGCUGCAUAGUUCACAGAGAUAUGCGGCCUAAAAACAUCCUGUUAACCCAUGAUUACGAGCCAUUGGUUGCUGACUUUGGGCUUGUUAGCUUGCACACUGAACAAGAUAUGUAUGAUGAGGAACGACCCGUUGGAACUUCAGGGUAUCUUGCACCAGAAUACUUCAAUGAUGGACUAAUAACAGAGAAAGUUGACAUAUAUGCAUUUGGAUUAGUACUUUUAGAGUUAAUUACUGGUCGAAGGACCAGUGAGUUACAAUGCAAGGCACGCAAUUUUUGGCAUGAUGUUUAUGCAUCACAGGAAAUGGAACCUGUACAUUUUCUUGCUUAUAAGCAUAAAUUGCUCGACACACGCUUAGGCUCUUAUCAACCUCACAAUUUUCCUCCUGCCUUACAUGCUAUUGGUCAUGCUGCCUCAUUGUGUCUUCAAAAGGAUCCAGAUUGCAGACCACCCAUGUCAAAGGUGCUUAAAGUAUUGGAAGGAGAAACAAGGAAUUACUUGAGUAUAGACGUGAAUUCCAAUGGUUGCAGAAGUGGUCGUUUGAGAGCAGCUAUUCUCAAUGCUCAAAUUGAGAGGAGGGGGCACUCUCGAAGACUGUCAUACUAAAAUGGUACAGUAUACAAGUGUGAAGAUUUGAAUUCAAUAUUUAUACUACUAUACUAGCAUUUGUAAAUGUAAAUUCCAUAUAUUCGCAGUCCUGUAACUAAAACACUGAACUACAGUGUCUAAGUAGGAAAGAUUGCCUUCGAAAAGAAAGAAGAAAGAAGAAAGAAUUAAAAAAAAAAAUAGGGGAAGGAAAAGCAGUGCAUUCAUACUGUCAUACAUACCAAAAAAAUAAUCUUCAUAAUCAUAAUUCAUAAAGUUUCAACUAUGUAUUGUAGAA